UCUUCUGUGCUGAAUGCCUCCAGAUUUCCUAUUGGAUUUCACGUCUGGAAAAAUCCUUGUGAUUUGAGCCACUCUGGCAGACUGAAUUUGUGCAUCCAGGGUUCCUAAGACUUUAGAUCUUGAGGAGGCAGCUGCUGCUGAAUCACGUUAACCUGACAUCGCAGCCACAAUGGUGCUGUCACAAAGGCAACGAGAUGAACUAAAUCGAGCAAUAGCAGAUUACCUUCGUUCUAAUGGCUAUGAAGAGGCAUAUUCAGUUUUUAAAAAGGAAGCUGAGUUAGAUGUGAAUGAAGAGUUAGAUAAGAAGUAUGCUGGACUUCUGGAAAAAAAAUGGACAUCUGUUAUAAGAUUACAAAAGAAGGUAAUGGAAUUAGAAUCAAAGCUGAAUGAAGCUAAGGAAGAAUUUACAUCAGGUGGACCUCUUGGUCAGAAACGAGACCCUAAAGAGUGGAUUCCUCGUCCUCCAGAGAAGUACGCGCUGAGCGGGCACAGGAGUCCUGUCACUCGAGUCAUUUUCCAUCCAGUGUUCAGUGUUAUGGUCUCUGCUUCAGAGGAUGCCACAAUAAAGGUGUGGGAUUAUGAGACAGGAGACUUUGAGCGAACCCUUAAGGGGCAUACAGACUCUGUGCAAGAUAUUUCCUUUGACCACACUGGCAAACUAUUGGCCUCCUGUUCUGCUGAUAUGACCAUUAAGCUAUGGGAUUUCCAGGGCUUUGAGUGCAUCAGAACUAUGCAUGGUCAUGAUCAUAAUGUUUCUUCAGUAGCCAUCAUGCCUAAUGGAGAUCAUAUAGUUUCUGCCUCAAGGGAUAAAACUAUCAAAAUGUGGGAAGUCCAAACAGGUUACUGUGUGAAGACUUUCACGGGUCACAGAGAAUGGGUGCGCAUGGUGCGGCCUAACCAGGACGGCACCCUCAUUGCCAGCUGCUCCAACGACCAGACCGUGCGCGUCUGGGUGGUAGCAACAAAGGAGUGCAAAGCUGAGCUCCGGGAGCACGAGCACGUGGUAGAAUGCAUCUCCUGGGCCCCCGAGAGCUCCUACUCCACCAUAUCAGAAGCUACAGGAUCAGAGACUAAGAAGAGUGGCAAGCCUGGGCCUUUUCUGCUGUCUGGAUCCAGAGACAAGACAAUUAAGAUGUGGGACAUUAGCACUGGCAUGUGCCUUAUGACACUUGUGGGCCAUGAUAACUGGGUACGUGGCGUUCUGUUCCAUUCUGGGGGAAAGUUUAUCUUGAGCUGUGCUGAUGACAAGACUCUACGUGUCUGGGACUUCAAGAACAAGCGGUGCAUGAAAACCCUCAAUGCGCACGAACACUUUGUUACCUCUUUGGAUUUCCACAAGACGGCACCGUACGUGGUCACUGGGAGCGUAGAUCAAACAGUAAAAGUGUGGGAGUGCCGUUGA